GUGCACGUCAUGCCCCACACCUCUUCAUCUCCGUAUUCCUACAUUUGCGAUUUGCUCACGCUACAUUAAACUGCUUUUUAUUGUGAGAGAAAGGUCAAUGCUAUAUACGAACGAGGCUUGGAACACAAACACAAGCAACAGCUCUGUCCAAUAGGCGUGCGGGAGCUGACUGCGGCGGCGCGGGUUACCAUGGUGUCAGGCUGGUAGUUAUCCUCUGUCCACGGGUGACCGGCUGGUAAACGGGAUCGGCCAGAUAGCAGGCUUGCAGGACAGAAUGGCUGGACGCGGUAUGAGGAGUUCAGCCCUGGCCCGGGCCCAAUCCCAGCUUUCUGGUCAGAGAGUUCCUGUAAAACCAAAAGAUGCUGCAGAUGAACUACAGGAAUACAUGCAAGCUCUUAACAAGAAGACAAGUGCUUUAAAACUCUCCCAGCCAUCAGUUGCUGACCUGAGUGACUUGUCAGCUGAAGAACAGGAAAGUGAAAAGUACAGAGCAACUGCUACUCAACAGCAGAUAUUGGGAAUGCAGAGUAGGUUUCUAAAGAAGAAGGCACCAUCUAGUAACGAUGUAAAGAGCAAUGCUGUUAUCACAACUGUGGCCAAAAAGCCCACCCAACCCCAACCCCAGCCAGUCCAGUCAAAGCUGCCAACCAGUGCAGCCCUGAGGAGGCUGGCAGAAAUUGAAAGCAGGCAUCGACGAAGACAAUUGGAGAUUGAUGUUUCUGAGAACGACUCUGAUCUGAGGACGUCUGAAGAAAGACCUUUCUCUAACAGAUCGAGUAGUGAAUUCAGCACCGGCGAAAAAAGAUUUUUUAAAAAGAAAGUUAAUAUAUUGGAGCCAGAGUCCGUAAGACAGAGCAAUGGGAAUACUGUUGGAAGGAAAACUGCAAAAAAUAAGUCAGGACCUAUGGAAAGUGAAGAAGAAGAAAUGCUACGACUUGUUGGCAGCUCAGUAGAAUACUCAGAAAAUGAUGAGAGAUGGUGGAAGCUUCCGAAACCACCUAGGACACCAUCACCUCCCAGCAAAUCAACCCCUCGAAGAAAGCUUCGUCACAGUCCCUCAGCUCUGGGAUUUGUUUCUCCUCGCCGCCCCCCUUCCCGGUUACGUUCUAGAACACCAUCACCUCCUAGCUAUGGAAGCCCUAAGUUUUCAAGAACACACUCCUUAACUCGCUUUAGGUCACGGUCUCCUUCACCAUCUAUAAGAAGUUCAUUGACUAGUCCAUCUCCUAGGACAAGGCUGGGGAGAAGAAGUCGUACACCUUUGUCCCAGAGAAGUGACAUUAAAUCCCUUGAUGAGCUUUUCUCCAGACCUGAGGAUCUUAGCAGUGCAAGUUCUAAUGAUUUCAAACAAAACAUUCUAAGUUUGGAUGAUCUGGCACUCCCUAUAGACACAGAAAAGGCAAAAGUAAAGAUGAUUAGUGAAAAGCCGAAGGAUAUCAAGCAUGUCUCCUCUGCUGAAGGCAAAGGUCCCUCACCUAGCAGGGAUACAAAGAUAUUUUCGAGACAGUCUGUCUCAGAAGAGGAAUCUGUUAUAGAAGCACACACUGAAACCAAUGAGGAUUCAGAAAUGUUAACCUAUCGACACAAAGAACACUCUAGCUCUUCUGAGCACAACAUUCCAGAAGCCUUAGAUGAACCCACCAUAAAUUCUGUUUAUUCAGAGGAUUUUGAAGAAUCUGUGCUUUCUGAUACAGAACAUAGUUCAAAAUUGAAUUCAUAUUCAUACUCUAAAUCCAUGUCGGCAAAAAAAUCUAUCCUUUACUCCGAUCAUUCCAACAAACCAUCCAACAAAGCAAGACAGUGGAAUAAAAUGGCUGGGAACAUACAAAGAGUAACAGUAAAGGAUAUUGCUGUGCAAGCCAAUAAUGCUGAAUUAAUUUCUCCUUGGCCGCACGCAAGUGUUGGCAUAGAACACACAACUGUACCGUUUAUGGAUCCAGUGUCAAUGGUCAGUCACGUAGUUAACCCCGAUGUAAUUGAAGCUUUGACCACAUACAAUCCAAUGGCGUUGGCACUGAAUGACAUGCUAAAACAGCAUCUGUUCCUCACAAGGUCAUUUGUAGGCAUGGCUCAACAACUGUAUAUUUCCACUGUAACCUCUUUAGAGAAAGAAUCCUAUUGCUAUACUACACUGGAGAACACCAAGGAGUUUAUCCAGCAGCAGAGGGCUAAUAAAUUGAAGCAAAGGCCAAGAGAGGUGUUAAGUAGACUACAUUCUUCACACUUAGACGGGGAUCGGUGACCUCGCAUUGCAACCUUGUUUCAGUGAAGGCCUGAGAACUACUUUUACAUCUACCUGCAUGAAUUCAUGAAAAACACUUUUUACUUAAUUAUAUAGUGAAAGUUUUAAUAUUGACUGGUAUUUUGUUCUACUAUGUAGAAUAAAACACUUUGCAAAUA